GCCCAUUUAAGGAUCUCAACUCAUUCGGCCCAAAAGGGCCUAGGAUCCCAAUAAAGUUUAGAACACAACAGGCUUAGUGCCCUUUUGCCAGCCUGCCCUUCCUUCCCUGUAGCUAAAAACCCUAACAAAACCCACAACAUCGCUCUUCGUUGUCAGCACCAAAUUCCAAAGGAAAAAAUUGUCCAAUAACAAUGAAUGUAGUAAUAGCAUCAUCUUCGAUCGAUUGCGGCAUCGGUUGCUGGGACCUACAAACAGGGGCGGAGCAACUCCGUUACAAGACUUGCGCCUCUCCUCCACACGGCCUCACCUCCGUUGGUUGCCGUUUCCUUGCCUGCUCUCAACUUCGCGACCCCUCCGCCACCUCCGGCCACGUUUUUUAUUGGUCAUGGUUCAAGCCUCAAGCAGAAGUUAAAAGCUUUCCCGCGGAACCAAUUAAACCACUCGCUGCUAAUAGCGAAGGUAGUUACAUUGUUGGUGGAGGUUCAUCUGGUGAUAUUUACUUUUGGGAGGUUGCAACGGGUAGGUUGUUAAGGAAAUGGCAUGCUCAUUACAGGGCUGUUACAUCCUUGGUUUUCUCCGAGGAUAAUUCGCUUCUCAUCUCUGGAUCAGAGGAUGGAUGCGUUAGAGUUUGGUCGCUUUUCAUAAUAUUUGAUGAUGUUAGAAGGCAGCAGGCAAGUCAUCUCUAUGAGUAUAGUUUUACAGAACAUACGCUGCGUGUAACUGAUAUUGUAAUGGGUUAUGGUGGAAGCAGUGCAAUUAUUGUGUCGGCUUCUGAGGACCGCACAUGUAAGGUCUGGAGCUUAUUCAGGGGGAGAUUAUUAAGAAACAUUGUGUUUCCAUCCAUCAUUGAUGCAAUUGCUCUAGACCCUGGUGAACAUGUCUUCUAUGCGGGCAGUCGAGAUGGUAAAAUCUAUAUUGCUGCACUUAAUGCUGAAAGUUCCCCUAGCAGCAGUUAUGGAUUGCACAUCAUUGGUUCACUAUCUGAUCACAGUAAGCCUGUUACAUGCUUGGCCUAUAGUGCAGAAGGAAAUUUGCUACUAUCUGGAUCAGAGGAUGGUUUGGUUCGAGUUUGGGAUGUGAAAACACAAAACAUCAUUCGAAUGUUCAGACAUGCAAAAGGCCCUGUGAACAAUAUUCUCAUUGUUAGACGUCCACUCCCCCUUGGUCGGGCAGGAUCAAAAGAGCAAGCUUCCUCCAGAAGGCAUGAAACAUCACUUCCACCUCCACUAGAAAAAUAUGCAAAUUCAACCGAUGAGGACAUGGAUAAUAAGGCUAUCAUUACUCUCCCUGCUACUAGUGACCUCCCUUCAUACCUUAGUGCUCAGCUAAUCAAUGAUCACGUUAAAGAGCUUCAGCAACAAAGCUCUUCUGCUGCAGCUGAAAUGGAAGUGAAGAGACUGAAGCUUGAUUGCAAAAGAUCUAUGCAGAUGGUUCAGCAAUUGAAAAACGUUUAUGACAACUUGCAGGAAUUCUGCGUCAAUGAGCUCUUAGAUGGAGAACAAAUGGAAGGAUCUGAAGGGAAGUCACUUUGAGACACUUUUUACGAACAAACCACAAGUUUUCUUGUUAUGACAAAGACAGUUGGUCGGAAUUAUCUUGGCAGCAAAACAACAAAACUGAGAGCACGUGCAAUGCUAAUGUGACUGCAAAGUUACUCUAAUUUCCCUUCCAUGGAUUUAAAAAAUCGUGAUGCAUCACAGACAUUCAAGUAUGAGAUUUAAUAAGAUAAACUACAGAUUGUAUUUAUAAAUGUUGAAAUAAAAUUUGGAUGUAAUAAUUUUUUUAUUUGCUUUUCAAUAAUUGUUAGUAUUUGAUAUUCAAGUUCUCCAAGAGAGGAUAAACAUUCGGAAGAGACAUUAUUAAAAUUAAUGCUAUUUGAGUAAAAUAUACAUGCACCCUUAGCAUGUGUAUAAUAAUUUAAUUGUUU